GGAGCAUUGAAAGCUUCGAUGCCGGAUCGAUAACCCGCCAUGAUCUCGACUGCAGGUUACUUGCGCAACCCACAUCCACAGACAGAAUACUUCCUUCUUCAAUAUCGUUGGUUGUGAAUCAAAUUUGAUGCUGUCAAUGAUGGUCCGAACUGUGCAUGACUUCUCAUAGCACAACCUUGUAACCGAUGCUCCAUCUCGUCGUCAUUUGCGGUGGUACAUGGGGAAAGCAAGCUGGCCUCGAGGAUCAUCCGCACAGCCACUGUGCGAGCGCGAGCUGUAGAUGUCCAGUUUCGACUUAGAACUUGUGCGGUGUAGCAUGCUCUCUGUGUUGAAGGCAGCGUUCUCUACAUGGUUUCCUGCAAGAGAGGAAGGGUAUCAGAAGAGCUGCUAGCUAUUCGAUUUUGAGUUAUGGUGUCCACAAUGGAACCCAGGGGAAGAGCUAGUGGGGUUUGGUUCAGCGUUUUCGUGUCGCUGAGCUGCUGCGCUGUGGUGUUGCCGGUCGGUGGAGGACUUCUUCGAGAUGUGAAUCUUGCUUCGGCCAGUGUUAGUGAAGCGUAUUCGCACAAGGACAGUGCGACCACGCUGUAUUCUGCCGACAACUACUUGAAAUGCACAUCCGACCACCACAUCACGCCGAGAUCCACUAACGAGGUCAAGGAGCUAAUCCAGCUCCAUGCUUCUGGCGAUCAGCCGGUGAAAAUCCGCGCCACUCGUCGCGGGUUCCAUAGCUCUGCCGGAUUCGUCUGCUCGGGGAGUCGAGGCAGCUCCAAGAAGCAAUAUGCAGAGACCGAUGCAUCGUCUGGAAAGGAGACUGACAGCAGAGCAGCAUCGUUCACUGUGCUGCUUCACCUCAUGAAUCGCGUCGUGGCGGUCGAUGUCGAGAGGUAUAGGCUGACAGUGGAGGCGGGGAUGACGCUCCUCGAGCUCGUGAAUGCAGCUGAAGCUCAUGAUAUGUCGGUACCUGCGGGGGCUCUUUCAAUUUACUCCAAUCUGACUGUUGGGGGAGUAAUAAUGGCCUCGGGGCAUGGCUCUGGUGGCAGCCUGGGCAACCUGGUGGUAGGAAUUAAGUGGGUGAAUGCGAAAGGAGAGGUAAUUGUACGUGAUUCGCAGACAGAGGAUGGAGUAAAGGAGGUGAGAGCUCUGGUAGGAGGAUUGGGUUUGUUAGGGAUCGCAACAGAGAUCACUUUGCAGCUUCAACCCAACUCUCGAACCAUUGUCGAGGUUCGAAAAGGUUUGAAGGAUACGAACAUGGUGGCAGACGUUAAGAAUAUUCUAGAGCGUGAAACUCCUCACGUAAUCUUGUUCUGGAGGCCCGAUUUUGGAACCUACAAAGCCGUGAUGUGGACGCAGCUGAGUGACAAGAACCGAGGCGCGACAACAUUGCCCAAGGAUUACCCAAACGGCAAAAUUGGGUACAUGGUUCCGGUCGAUGAUGGCUUCGCUAGUGAUUGGAGCGAGCUUUUGGUCAAGUGGGAAGGAGACGAAGCAGAGGAGUCGGCUUCUGCUGACGAGCUGAAUGCAGAUAUAUGUAACUUAUCUGAGUUUCUUCACGACGUUUCGAUAUUCUUCGACGCCGAUGGGACCCCUAUCGAACACGGAAUCAUUCCAACCAAAUAUGCUAUGGUGGCUGACGACUGCACCCCAAAGUGCUUCUUUCAUGUGCACCACAUGGGCAUGUUCAUUGAAGACACCGAGUUUACGAUCAAGAUGUCACAGCUGGACGAGUGGAUCGAGGAUGUGAAAAGAAUUGUAAAAGCUGAGUUGGUAGAGGCUGAAGCACGAUUGAGCAAGCGAUACGGCAACGGCAAGGUUAGGCGGUGCAUGCCUCCAGGAUACUUCUGGUUUCGAUUUGGGCAAGGCAACAAGAAUCUGUUAUCAACAGCUGCCGGCUCCGAAGAUGUCGUUCACGUCCAAUGGACUCACGUGCACUCCGCUUUGAUCCCUAACAAGCUUCCCAAGCAGUCCAGGGUCGCCGAAACGCUGGAGCAGCUCACUCUGUGCAAAUACAAAGGACGACCUCACUGGGGGAAGAACAAUGAGCGGAUCUUCGCACACCCUGAUUGCAAAGUGAGGGAUAACUAUCCAGCCACGAAUAUCGCAGAAAUGCAGGAGAUGCAGAAUCAGCACGACCCGAAGAGAGUCUUCGAGCCUGAGCUUUUCCAAAAUAUUUUGCAGAAAACAGGUCCGGAGUACUCCGAGCUGUGUACUCUACAUUUCUGGUGCUACUGCAAAGACGACGCCCAUUGCCCCGCAGAACAUCAGUGUCGGCCUUCUUCCAGCUUCCCAGAGUACAAGACCUGCAAAUUGGCAUCGUCCGACUACCAGCAUGGAGAACUUUGAUGGAUUCAUUCUAGUAGAGAAUUUUUUGAUAAUGUUUAACAUAAAUAGAUAGCUCUUGAUUAAAUUUGUUGCAGGAGAAUACGCAGUGGACACUUCGAUCGCAGACAGGGUCACGUCUUGUCACCGAAGCAUGAACACUGCAAAAUUGUGUACAGCUAGGUUAUUUUGAAAAUUGUGGCAUGUUUUAUUGGAUCAGAGUAAUGAAAUGAACUUUGAUGCAACAAGUUUUAAAA